AUGCGGUCCCCCACAAGCAUUACCGCGGUGGCGGCGGCGGCGUUGCUGCUGCUGCCCUCGGCUUCUGGCCAGACCUUCCAGCGCCUCGGCACAUGCCCUGACCUGGGCUGCAUUCUGCCUCCCGACCAGAGUGACUUCCUGCCGGGCCAGCAGUUUGACAUCCGCUUCGAGGUACAUGCACCCGUCAACGGCUCCGAGGCCUUCAACGGCGGCGUGCCCGACGAGGCCUUCACCGUCGAGAUAGAGAAGCAGGGCGGAGGCGGCAGCAAGAGCAUCGCGCAGUACUUCAACCGCACUUCGGAGCCCGCGCUGGAGAAGUGGACGUUCAAAUGGUUUGAGGAUCUUUUUGCCCAGGAAGCCAAGACCCCGUCCGUCGUCAACGUCGCCUCCAAGGCUUACCGGCGCGUGGCCAUCUACGAGCCCGGCGUCUACAAUGUGACGCUCAAGUACUACAGCGGCAGGGUCACCACCGCCACCUGGACGGUGCGCCCGCUGGCUGUCGAGAAGAGGGCCAAGAACGUCAUCUUCUUCAUCGGCGACGGCAUGACCACCAACAUGAUCACGGCCGCCCGCCUGCUCGGCCACAAGAGCAUCAAUGGCAAAUACCAGAGCCUGCUGCAGCUCGACAAGUUCCCCGUGCUCGGCCACCAGAUGACCCACUCCAUCGACACGUACAUCACCGACUCUGCCAACUCGGCGAGCGCCCUCUACAGCGGCCACAAGUCCACUGUCAACGCCAUGGGCGUCUACGCCGACAGCUCGCCCGACGUCUUUGACGACCCCAAGGUCGAGACCAUCGUCGAGCUCUUGAAACGCAUCUGGGGCUCCGCCUGGGGCGCCGUGUCGACCGCCUUCGUUGCCGAUGCCACCCCGAUCGCCUUGACUGCCCACACUCGGUCUCGCGGCGCGUACGGCCCCCUCAUUGACCAGGCACUCAACGGCGUGACCAACUACUCGUGGCCGAACCACGGUGGCCCCGACGUCUACCUCGGCGGCGGUGCCGAGCAAUUCCUCCCCGGCUCCGGCUCGUACCAAGGCAAGGACUACUACGCCGAGUUCGCCAACAAGGGCUACACAAUCACCCACAACAAGACGUCGCUGGCCGAGACACCCAAGGACGCCAAGACCCUGGGUAUCUUCUGCCGCUCCAACCUGCCCGUCUGGCUGGACCGCAACAUCUUCACCGAGAACAUCGCCAACCUCAAGAACGACCCCCGUGGGGCUAGUACCGCCGCUACGGACCUGCCCGGUCUCAAGGAGAUGACGCUCAAGGCCAUUGAUGUGCUGCACACCCGUGGUGGUGACAAGGGCUUCUUCCUGAUGAGCGAGGCCGCAUCUAUCGACAAGCAGAUGCACGCGCUUGACUACGACCGCGCUCUGGGUGACCUGCUCGAGCUUGACGACACUGUCCGGGCUACCGUCAAAAAGCUGGAGGAGCUCGACAUCCUGAAGGACACUCUGAUUGUCGUUUCUGCCGAUCACGGACACGGCUUCGAUGUUUUCGGCAGCGCAGACACCAAGUACAUGGAGUCCAAGAAGACGGACCGUGAGAAGCGCUCGGCGGUCGGCGUCUACGAGAAGUCGGGCAAGUCGCUGUACCAGGUCGAGGCGCCCGGCGUGAGCUACAACACGGGGCCCAACUUCCCGCUCAACUGGUCGCCGCGCUACGUCAUCGCCUCGGGCUUCGGCGCCGCGCCCGACCACCGCGAGAGCUACAAGGUGAGCCCGUCGCCGCGCGUGCCGGCCGUCAACGCCUCCGGUCUGCCGACCAACGACCUGUACGCCAACCCGCGCGACAGCCCCACCGGCUUCGUCGUCAACGGCACCCUGCCCACCAGCGAGGCCCAGGGCGUCCACUCCCUGACCGACGUGCCCGUCUACGCCAUGGGCCCCUGCCAGGAGAUCUUUGGCGGCACCUACGGCAACAUCGACGUCUUUUACAAGAUUGCCGAGUGCCUGGGUCUGGGUCAGCCCACCAACAAGACCCGCUGCGCCACCUCCAAGCACUAA